UCAGUCAGGCCUCACCUACCUUCCCUUUCUAAACAGGGAAAGGAAAGUUCCAAAGGGUAGACAUAGACAUGAGAAAGAAUUCUCCAGGCACUCAUCAAAGCAAGAUAAAAUAGUUUAGCUCACCUUGACGACUAGAGCCUGGAAUGGAAAGGAGCAAGCAUCCUCUCAGCAUGCUACUGCCUUUAAUCCCCCUCUUCCUGGGAUUGGUUGUGCAAAACACCUGCUCCCCAGCUGAAGCACCAGGACCGGGGAAAAGAUGUGAUAAGAAGUCUUUUCUAACAAUCAAGACAGAGUGCCAGUCCUGCUCGAUUAUUUCGGCAGUCAAGUGUCCACUUGGCUACAGCAUGGUUACCAAUGUCUCUUUGGGGGUUCGAGAUUGCAGAUUUUUGUUUGAGAUCAGAGCAUACAGCGUGGUUCUCCCUGGAUGCCGCCACAUAUGUAGGAAGGACUUCCUACAACCUCAAUGCUGUCCAGGACACUGGGGACCAGACUGCAUGGAGUGCCCAGGAGGAGCAGAGUCACCGUGCAACGGCAGGGGCACUUGUGAUGAAGGCAUGGAAGGAACCGGACGCUGCUCUUGCCGAGCGGGCUUUCGUGGAACAGCCUGUGAAAUCUGUGCCACUGACAACGUUUUUGGGCCCAAUUGUUCAUCAGUGUGCAGCUGUGUCCACGGUAUGUGCCACAGCGGUCUCCAUGGUGACGGGACCUGUGAGUGCUUCUCUGCGUACAGGGGCCCCAAGUGUGACAAGCCCAUCCCUGAGUGUGCAGCCUUGCUCUGCCCAGAAAGCUCCCGGUGCUCACCUUCCAGCACAGACGAAACCAAACUCCAAUGCAAAUGCCUUCCCGGUUACGAGGGCGAUGGCCAAAACUGCAAGGCCAUCAACCCAUGUUUAAAGAACAUCUGCCACCCUCACGCAACUUGUUCCUACCUGGCACCAAAUCGACACAGCUGUGUAUGCCAAGAAGGCUACCAAGGGGACGGCCAAGUGUGUCUCCCAGUAGAUCCCUGCCAAACAAACUUUGGAAACUGUCCUAUGAGAUCGACAGUGUGCAAGUACGAUGGGCCUGGCAAGUCUCACUGCGAGUGUAAAGAACAUUACCAUAAUUUUGUCCCUGGAGUGGGGUGCAGUAUGACCGACGUCUGUGAAUCAAACAACCCAUGUCAUAAGAAUGCAAACUGCAGCACAGUCACACCAGGCCAAACCCAAUGCACUUGCCAUAAAGGUUACGUGGGCGAUGGCCUGACCUGCUAUGGAAACAUCAUGGACAGACUCAGGGAGAUAAAUAUUGAACCCAGAGGACCGUGGCAAGGAAGGCUGACAUCUUUCCUCUACAUCCUGGACAGAAUCCAUGUCUGGCAACUGAGCGCCCUGGGACCCUUCACUGUGCUGCUGCCCUCAGACAAGGGACUAAAAGGAAUUGAUGUAAAGGAGCUCUUGACGGACAGACAGGCUGCUUGGUACUUCGUGAAGCUCCACAUCAUUCCUGGGCAAAUGAGCACGGAACAGAUGAAUGGCACAGACACCUUCUAUACCUUGACGGGGAAGUCAGGGGAAAUCUUCAACAGGGAUAAGGACAAUCAACUACAGCUCAAACUUUAUGGAGGCAGUGUGGUGAAAAUUAUCCAGGGGAACAUAGUGGCUUCCAAUGGGCUGAUCCAUAUCCUUGACAGAGCCAUGGACAAGAUAAAGCCCACACUUGAGAGCAACCCCCAGCAAGCCAUCAUGACAAUACUACAACCAAGAUAUGGCAAGUUCAGAUCUAUGAUAGAGGAAACUUAUAUGGGAGAGAUCCUAGAUGAAGGUCGCUUUCAUGGUUUAUACACCAUUUUUGUCCCAAGUAAUGAAGCUCUGAAUAACAUGAAGGCUGGAACCCUCGAUUACCUCCUUUCUCCAGAGGGCUCUCGGAAACGUCUGGAACUUGUCAGAAACCACAUUAUCCCACUUACCAAGCUGGAAGUGGCCACUCUCGUUUCGACACCUCACAUCAAUACCAUGGCCAACCAGAUGAUGCGGAUUAACAUAACCAGCAAUGGGCAGAUUCUGGUAAACGACGUAGCUGUGGAAGAAACCGAGGUCGCUGCCAAAAGUGGCCUAAUUUACACGCUGUCCGGAGUUCUCAUUCCUCCCUCCAUCGUCCCGAUUCUUCCCCACCGAUGUGAUGAAACGAAGAGAGAGCUAAAACUGGGCACUUGCGUGAGCUGUUCCCUGAUAAAUUGGAGCAAAUGUCCUGCUGACUCGGAGGCCACAGCCAUCUUCACACACAAAUGUAUCUACAACAGCAAAGUGUGGAACGUGAGGAGAGGCUGUGCCCGAUACUGUAAUGCCACUGUGAAGGUACCAAAAUGCUGUAGAGGAUUCUUCGGGCCUGACUGCAACCCAUGUCCGGGAGGGUUCUUGAACCCCUGUUCUGGAAAUGGGGAGUGCAUGGACGGCCUCGGUGGCAACGGGACCUGCAUUUGUGAGGACGGCUUCCACGGCUCCAGGUGUCAGUUCUGCUCCAACCCCAACAGAUACGGACCUCACUGUAACAGAGCCUGCCUGUGUGUUCACGGAACAUGUGAUAACAGAGUAGACAGCGAUGGAGCCUGCCUCUCCGGAACGUGCAGAAAGGGCAUGGUGGGGAGGUUCUGUGACAAGAAGACUUCCGCCUGCGGGCCCUAUGUGCAGGUCUGUCACAUCCAUGCCACCUGUGAAUACAUCAAUGGGUCAGCCAGCUGUGUCUGCAAUGCGGGCUAUGAAGGGGAUGGAUCUCUCUGUUCUAAGAAGGACGCGUGCGUGGAGUCAUCCUCCAGAGGAGGCUGCAGCCCAAAUGCCAAAUGCAUCCAAACUGCCACAGGGACAUACAGCUGUGUGUGCCAGCAGGGCUGGACAGGAAACGGAAGAGACUGUGUAGAGAUCAACAACUGCCUGCUACCUGGCACAGGUGGCUGCCAUGACAAUGCUACCUGCUUAUAUGUAGGCCCUGGGCAGAAUGAAUGUGAGUGCAAAAAAGGAUUCCGAGGAAACGGGAUUGAGUGUGAACCAGUCAUUUCGUGUUUGGAACAAACAGAGAAAUGCCACCCCCUGGCCACCUGUCGGUCUACUUCUUCUGGUGCUUGGAGCUGCGUUUGUCGAGAGGGCUAUGAAGGAGAUGGCUUCCUGUGCUAUGGAAAUGUGCUCGUGGAACUAUCGUUCCUCUCUGAAGCAGCUAUGUUUCACCAGUGGAUCACCAACACUUCCCUGCAGUCCAUGCUGUCAGCCACCUCGAAUCUCACUGUCCUCGUGCCGUCCCAGCAAGCCAUCGAGGGCAUGGACCAGAAUGAGAAAGCCUUCUGGUUGUCAGGGAACAAUAUUCCAGCCCUGAUAAAACACCACACCCUACAGGGCACAUAUGGAGUGGCCGAUCUGCAGACCCUGGCGUCCUCGCGCUUGCUAGCAACAUUCUUGCAGGGAAGCUUCCUUCACCUGGACAAGGCAGAUGGGAAUAUCACCAUUGAGGGGGCAUCCAUUGUGGACGGUGACAAUGCAGCCACAAACGGAGUGAUACACAUCAUCAACAAGGUUCUGGUCCCUAAAAGAGGUCUAACUGGCUCCUUACCAAACCUCCUCACCCGUCUGGACCAGAUGCCUGACUAUUCCAUCUUCCGAGGCUACAUCAUUCGAUACAAUCUGGCCCACGCUAUCGAGGCUGCCAACGCCUACACUGUGUUUGCUCCAAACAACGGAGCCAUGGAGAACUACACCAGACAGAGGAAAGCCGCAAUUCUAAGGGAAGACAUAAUUCAGUACCAUGUGGUCCUGGGGGAGACACUCCUGAAGAAUGACUUGCACAAUGGCAUGCACCGAGAGACCAUGCUGGGGUCCUCCUUCCUCCUCACCUUCGUUCUCCACAACGACCAGCUAUAUGUCAAUGGAGCUCCAAUAAACUACACCAACGUGGCCACUGACAAAGGAGUGAUCCAUGGGCUGGGGAAAGUUGUGGGAAUUCAGAGGAAUAGAUGUGACACUAAUGAUACCAUUAUUAGGAGUGGGAAGUGUGAGAAGUGUUCCAAUCAUGCAGUCUGCCCACUCGGGACAAAACCUGUCGGUUGGGGAAGGAAAUGCAUCUAUACCAUGUACUUCAUGGGGAAACGAUCCAUACUCAUUGGAUGCCAGCCAAAGUGUGCGAAGAGCACCAUCACGAAAGCAUGCUGUGCUGGCUACUUUGGCCCACAAUGCCACCCCUGCCCCAGCAAAGGUCAGAAUGUGUGCUCUGGGAACGGCUUCUGCCUAGAUGGCCUCAAUGGCACCGGCACGUGCGAGUGUGGGCAGGGCUUCAAUGGGACAGCCUGCGAGACCUGCACAGAGGGCAAGUACGGUGCCCACUGCGACCAAGAAUGCUCUUGUGUCCAUGGGAGAUGUAGCCAAGGCCCCUCAGGCGACGGCUCCUGUGACUGUGAAGUUGGCUGGCGAGGUGUGCAAUGCGACAGUGAGAUCACAAAAGACAAUUGCAAUGGAACCUGCCACACCAGUGCCAACUGCCUCCUCGACCCAGAUGGCAAAGCCUUCUGCAAAUGUGCGGCAGGGUUCCAAGGGAACGGAACAGUCUGCACAGCCAUCAAUGCCUGUGACAUCAGCAAUGGAGGAUGCUCUGCCAAGGCUUAUUGUAAAAGAACCACACCAGGAAGUCGCAUGUGUUUGUGCAAGGCUGGCUAUACAGGCGACGGCAUCGUGUGCCUUGAAAUAAACCCAUGUUUGGAGAACAACGGCGGUUGUGACAAGAAUGCAGAGUGCACUCAGACGGGACCCAAUCAGUCCGUCUGUAACUGCUUGCCAAAGUACACUGGAGAUGGGAAGGUCUGCACGCUCAUCAACGUCUGCCUCACCAAUAAUGGAGGCUGCAGUCCAUUUGCCAUCUGCAAUCACACUGGACAAGAUCAAAGGAUAUGCACCUGCAAGCCGAACUACACGGGGGACGGAUUCAUCUGCCGUGGCAACAUCUACGAGGAACUGCCUAAGUACCCAGCAACAUCCCAGUAUUUCUUCCAGUUACAGGAGCAUGCUGUCCGAGAGCUGGCUGGACCUGGCCCCUUUACGGUGUUUGCGCCUUCAUCCAACUCCUUCAAUCAGGAGCCCAAAAUUGCAGAGUGGGCUCAGCAAGGCCUCAUGCCUCAGGUUCUUCGGUACCAUGUGGUUGCCUGCCAACAGCUGCUGCUGGAAAGCCUAAAAGUGACCAGGAAUGCCACAACCCUCCAAGGCGAGCCAAUUUCCAUUUCUGUCUCUCAGGACACUGUGUAUAUCAACGAUAAGGCAAAGAUCCUGUCCAGUGACAUCAUCAGCACCAACGGAGUCAUCCACAUCAUAGACAAACUGCUGUCUCCCCAAAACUUGAUUAUCACCCCCAAAGAUGCCUCAGGCAAUGUUCUGCAGAAUCUCACUACAGUGGCAGUAAACCAUGGAUAUACCAGAUUCAGCAAGUUAAUACAGGACUUGGACUUGCUGAGUGUCAUCACUGACCACAUCCACACCCCAGUCACUCUCUUCUGGCCCACGGACAAAGCCCUCCAAGCCUUGCCCCAGGAGCAACAGGACUUCCUGUUCAGUCAAGACAACAGGGACAAGCUGAAGGAGUACCUGAAGUUCCACGUGAUCCGGGAUUCCAAGAUUUUAGCUUCAGACCUCUCCAGGUAUGCUUCCUGGAAGACCCUGCAAGGUUCAGAGCUGAGUGUCAAGUGUGGAACUGGCAGUGACAUCGGUGAGCUCUUUCUGAAUGGACAAACGUGCAGGAUCAUACAGCGGGAGCUCUUGUUUGACCUGGGCAUGGCCUAUGGCAUCGACUGCUUUCUAACAAAUCCCACCCUGGGUGGCCGAUGUGACACUUUUACUACCUUCAGUGUUUCGGGGGACUGUGGGAGCUGUGACAGUACUCCCAGAUGCCCACGAUGGAGCAAACCAAAGGGUGUGACGCAGAAGUGUGUGUACAUCUCGUCGCUCUACAGGAAGAAACUGGAUGGCUGCCAGCAGCUGUGCUCCCUGGUGAUCCCAGUCGUCAGAUGCUGCAAGGGUUACUUCAUGCCAAGCUGUCAGGCCUGCCCUGGAGGACCAGACACGCCAUGUAAUAACCGGGGCAUCUGCCGUGAUUAUUACUCAAUCACAGGACAGUGCCAAUGCCACAUAGGUUUCAACGGGACAGCCUGCGAGCUCUGCUGGCCUGGCAGAUUUGGGCCGGACUGUCAGCCCUGUGACUGCUCAGAACACGGACAGUGCGACGAGGGGAUCACAGGCUCUGGACAGUGCUUUUGUGAAACAGGGUGGACAGGCCGCUUCUGUGACACUCGCACAGUUGUCCUUCCAGUGUGCACACCUCCUUGUUCUGUGCAUGCCACCUGUAUGGAGAACAACACGUGUGUGUGUAACUUGAAUUACGAAGGCGAUGGGAUCACGUGCACAGUCGUGGAUUUCUGCAAGCAGAACAACGGAGGCUGUGCAAAGGUCGCCAAGUGCUCCCAGAAUGACACGCAAGUCUCCUGCAGCUGCAGGAAGGGCUACAGGGGGGAUGGCUACAGCUGCAUAGAGAUAGACCCCUGCACAGAUGGUGUCAAUGGAGGAUGUCAUGAGCAUGCUACCUGCAGGAUGACUGGCCCGGGCAGGCGCAAGUGUACGUGUAAGAGUCACUACGUGGGGGACGGAGUGGACUGUGAGCCUGAAGAGCUGCCCAUGGACCGCUGCUUACAGGACAAUGGGCAGUGCCACCCAGAUGCCACCUGUGCGGACCUUCACUUCGAGGACUCUACGGUUGGCGUGUUCCACCUACGCUCCCCACUGGGCCAGUACAAACUGACCUUUGACAAAGCCAAAGAGGCCUGUGCCAAGGAAGCUGCAUCCAUAGCCACCUACAACCAGCUCUCCUAUGCCCAGAAGGCUAAUUAUCACCUCUGCUCAGCUGGCUGGCUGGAGAGCGGGCGGGUCGGCUACCCCACUACCUAUGCCUCUCAGAAGUGCGGUGCAAAUGUUGUUGGGAUAGUGGACUAUGGAACCAGGACCAACAAGAGUGAAAUGUGGGAUGUCUUCUGUUACCGGAUGAAAGAUGUGAAUUGCACCUGCAAGGCAGGCUAUGUGGGCGAUGGCUUCUCGUGCCACGGGAACCUGCUGCAAGUCCUCAUGUCCUUCCCCUCACUCACGAACUUCCUGACGGAGGUGCUGGCUUUUUCUAACAGCUCAGCCCGAGGCCGGGCAUUUCUGAAACACCUGACCGACCUGUCCAUCCGUGGCACCCUAUUCGUGCCACAGAACAGUGGGCUACCCGAAAAUAAGAGCCUGUCUGGGCGGGACAUCGAGCACCACCUCACUAAUGUCAACGUCUCUUUUUACAAUGACCUUGUCAAUGGCACCGUUCUGAGGACUAGGCUGGGAAGCCAACUACUCAUUACCUGCAGCCAGGACCAGCUCCGCCAAGAGACGAGGUUUGUGGAUGGAAGAGCCAUUCUGCAGUGGGACAUCUUCGCCUCCAACGGGCUCAUUCAUAUCAUCUCUGAGCCUUUGAAAGCACCUCCCACACCGCCGACUGCUGCCCACUCUGGCCUGGGGACAGGCAUAUUCUGUGCUGUCAUCCUGGUCGCUGGUGCAAUUGCUCUGGCUGCCUAUUCUUACUUCCGGCUAAACAAGAGAACAACUGGCUUCCAGCGUUUUGAGUCAGACGACAACAUUGAUGUCUCAGCUUUCGGCAAGCAGCAGCCAUCGGGGAAUAUCACCAACCCUUUGUAUGAGACCUCAACGCCGGCACCCCCUGAGUCUUCCUGUGACCCUUUCACCGACUCUGAAGAUCAGGAGCUGGAGAGCAGCGACCCUCUGGGAGUCCUGAAGUCCUGAUGUGAGCAGCCAGCAACAGCCACUCGCUACCACAAGAGCCCUGAGCCAUCGCCGUCCACUGUGAAUUCUCAACACCAGCCGUCUCUUGGAUCAUUUGCUGUUUUAAUAUAUGAGACACUCAGAAACCAUCCC